UCGAUCUGUCAGCCGUAUCCUAUGUUGCAUCCGAUUUCUGUGAGUUGUGUGAUGGAUGUGAAUUGAACUAUGGAGGAGGAGUCAAUGUCAGGGCACAGCUGUUCUGAGGACGAUAUCAGUGUUGGGCGACCGUCGCCGGCUCCGUCGCGAUCGCCGUCACCCCAGGACUAUUUCCGGCCUUUGAAACGGUUGAAGAUGGCCUCCGAGCCGGUUGAGGAGAGGCGCGGCGAUGGUGUGAAAAGUUUUUCGAUUCUGGACAUUUUGUCGCACAGUCCGCGGACUCCGCCGCGUAUUGUCAGGCCGUGGGAUGCGUCGGGGUUCGAGCGCUUGCAGCGGUUGCAGCGUUUAGCUGGCGCGGCUUUGCUGGACGGAGAGAGAUGGCGUUUGGCAGCGCUAGGUCUUUUACGACCGAGAGAAUUGCCAGCUGAAUGCUGCGAUUCAGCGUCGGAAAGGUCUUCCUCAGCGUCUGAUUGCUGUUCGGAGCCCCGGCGGCCUCCGCAGCAGGGUUCAGCUGCCCAUACGCCACUAGAUGCGCUAUUCCACAUGACCAGCAAAACAUUUGAAGCAAACAGUCCUGACAAUGGAGAUGGACAGUCAAAUCACCUGAACCUCUUCAACUCGCGGCCUCAGCCGAAAAAGAAACGAAAGUCCAGAACGGCAUUCACAAACCAUCAGAUCUUUGAGCUGGAGAAGCGGUUUCUAUAUCAAAAAUACUUAUCCCCAGCCGACCGAGAUGAGAUAGCCAGCUCUCUCGGUCUGUCCAACGCCCAAGUGAUCACAUGGUUCCAAAACAGACGAGCGAAGUUGAAACGAGACAUGGAGGAGCUGAAAAAAGAUGUAGAAAGCGCUAAAGUCCUCUCAGCUCACAAGAGUUUCCUCGAGAAUGUCACAGACUUGGGCAUUUUGAAGAAGAAAGCUAUGAGCAUAGGGGCCAGUGAAGAGGCAGCGACGAAUUUAGUUGUGAAUGCGUCCAAAUGAAACGAGGCGGCGCGUUCUAUCGCGCCAGACGUCUAUGACAGGCGUUUACUCGAUUUUUAAAAAUCGAAUCGAACUAUUUAAAUGUCGAUAGAACUUUAUCGAAUGUGCUUCGAACUAGUGUUUUUAUUUAAUAUGUAUAUAAUUAGACGCUGUACAAAUGAGUAUAAAUGUGAUUUAUUUAAGUACUUAAUAGAGAUACUUAAUUUAUUUAUUAAAUCUGGCAUUAAGGUCGUCGCAAUACAACAAUAUAAUAUAUUUUAAUUUAUUAACAGUUUUCCAUUUUAAAUCAAUGAUAUCCCAUAUACGAAACUACCAAUUACUUGUCGAAGGUUUUAAAGGUAUUUUUCAACAAAACAACUGCGUCAACAACUCCUUACCAUACAUACAAUAUAACCAUGAUGUAGAAAAUUUGUUUUAUAAAAACAUUCCUCGCUUCAAAAUAUUACUCCAGAGAGAUAUUCUGAAACUUAUCCUACCUUUCAACUUAUAUUGGUUCAAAUCUAUCCGAAGAUACAAACUUCAAAAUUAAAUCGAAAUUGAUUUUAAUCAC